UUACGCCAUUUACAGACAGUGUAUGUAAUAAUACUGUAUUAAAAAAUAUAUAUGAUAUGAAUGAAACAUUUCUAUAGAAUUAUUAAUUAAUUAUUAGUUAAUUAAGUCAAUGAAUACAUAAUUGUUUGGAACACUAAUUGUCGGGUCAAACGGUCAACACUAACAAACAUACUAUUGAUUAUAGCAUUUGAUAUAACAGUUCUAUUAAUUACUACUAAAUAAUAUAUAAUAAUAAUAAAUACCGUAUUUUCAACAAUCAAUAUGUCAUUACUGUAUUCAAGUCAAGCAGUGUUAGCAUCGGUAACACUAUUCUCACUAAUAUGUGUCGGACUAUACUAUAUGCUGACCGGUCGGGGCCGGCGUUUCGGUGAUAUUGCUUGGCUUCUUGAAGGUAUAUCGCCGUAUAUGUGGUGUUCACUUGGUAUCGGUCUAUCCAUAUCCCUAUCAGUAGUCGGCGCAGCCGUCGGUAUACUAACAACUGGCGUAUCGAUAGUCGGCGGCGGUGUUAAAGCUCCGCGAAUUCGUACGAAAAACUUGGUCUCAAUUAUCUUUUGCGAAGCCGUAGCCAUCUAUGGUAUAAUCAUUGCCAUUGUUAUGCUAAACGGUAUCAAUGAAUACGAUCCGACAAAGUUUGAGACCAAUCUGAAAGAAAAAGCGGCCAAUUAUUAUUCGGGUUAUAUUAUGUUUGGCGCCGGUCUGACCGUCGGUUUUGGCAAUCUAUUCUGCGGACUGGCUGUAGGCGUAGUCGGAUCGGGUGCCGCACUGGCCGAUGCCGCCAAUCCGGCACUGUUUGUCAAGAUAUUGAUUGUCGAAAUAUUUGCUUCGGCUAUCGGCCUGUUCGGACUGAUUGUGGCCGUCAUAUUGAACGCCAGAGUCAAUAUGGGCACUAAGGAUCACUGAGUUGGACGGCGGACAAUGUGUGGCCAAAACGUAUGGACAGACAGACAGACACACAUAGAGAAGCCUAUUAUCAUUCUAGUAGAAGACCUAACCAUUCCUUCUUCAAACACAUACAUAAUCAUUGUUAUUAUUUUAUUGAUAUUAUUAUUAUUAUGUCAUCGACGGUAAACAUAACUAUUUCCCGAU